AUGGCGCCUGUAAACGUAAGACUCAACCCCCUCGGGGUCUUGAUUUUUGUCAUGGCGUUCUUGCUGGCAUUGUUAUAUCUAUUUGGUAUUCCGGAUUUCUUCAGGAGAGAACAAAGAGUUAGCAUGAAGGAGCUGUUAGCGGUCAGUAUUGAACUGGCUCAGAGAGGAGGACUGAAAGUGAAAGAGGUGCACCAACAACACAAACUGAGCGAGAAAGUCAAGGGGUUGACCAAGGAAGGUGCCAAGGAGAUGCUCACAAACGGGGACUUAGAAUCUCACAGGGCUAUUUUCUAUGGCUUUUCAAAAAUGUAUCCUGGAAUAAAGGUGGUGUCGGAAGAACAUGACAAUAGACCUGUUGACCUCAACCAAAUCUUGUCAGCGAAAACAAAGCUGGAUGAAAUUGAAGAUGUUAUCAAAAGCGACCAGUCAAUGACUGUCAGCCGGAUAGCCAUUUGGAUUGAUCCACUAGAUGCCACACAAGAGUAUACGGAAAGUCUCACUGAAUAUGUCACAACCAUGGUCUGUGUUGUUGUUGACGGGGAGCCAAAAAUUGGUGUUAUUAAUCGGCCAUUUACAGAUGAAACAGUUUGGGCUUGGGAUGGCUACGGUCAUUCUAAGAACCUGAAGCCAGCAGAGAUAGCAGAAAAUGGAAGUGUAGAGAAGCACAGCAUCAUUGUGUCCCGCAGUCAUAGUGGAGCUGUAGAACAGGUUGCCAAGAGUGCCCUAGGGGACACAGUACAGAUUAUUUCUGCCGGAGGUGCAGGCUACAAGACACUUGAGGUGAUUAAAGGCUCAGUCAAUGCCUACACACACGUGACACUCAUCAAGAAAUGGGACAUAUGCGCAGGAAAUGCCAUCCUUAACGCUGUCGGUGGCAAGAUGACCACUCUUGAUGGAGAUUAUAUUGAUUACUCCCCUUUGUUGGAUAAUAAAAACGAACGUGGCCUCCUGGCAACUGUCAACAGUAAAUUACAUUAUCUUUAUUUGGAAAAGAUUGGACAGAAAGCUAAAGAAUUGCUGGACAAACAGGCAAAAGACAAGCCAAAAGUAAAUCCAUUAUGA